AGCUAGGGUGUCAGCUUGGGAUAGGCACAGCUGGGAUGCUGGGUCACCUGAGUCUUUCUCACCAUGUGGUACUGUUUUAAAAUACAGGUUUUAGCGCUUCCUCAGGAUGUAAAGUGUAACAAGGGGACCGGGGUGGGCAGUGUGGGUCUGUGAGGCCUAUGGGUGCCCGCGUCCCCUAACUCCCCCCGCAGCCGGCUCCGCAGUGGUACGCUCCGGUUGCCCGUUAGGGAUUCGGGUUCCAAACGGAAUGCUGCGUCUUCUCCAGCGCUUGUUGUGGCCGAGGUUACCGUAGCGACCGCCAGAGCAGCCUUGGCGCUACGGAGGAGCCUAGGGCUAACCCUCAGCCAUACCUGGGGCUGGUCCUGGAGUUGCUACGCAGGGUUGUGGCAGCACUGACUGAAGGUAUGAGACCCGAUUCUCAUCCUUAUGGUUUUCCGUGGGAAUUGGUGAUACGUGCAGCUGUUGCUGGAUUUUUUGCUGUUCUCUUCUUGUGGAGAAGUUUUAGAUCAGUUACGAGUCGGCUUUAUGUGAGAAGAGAGAAAAAGUUUGCUGUGGCAAUUUCUGGACUAAUUGAAGAAAAAUGUAAACUACUUGAAAAAUUUAGCCUUGUUCAAAAAGAGUAUGAAGGCUAUGAAGUAGAGUCAUCUUUAAAGAAUGCCAGCUUUGAGAAGGAGGCGACAGAAGCACAAAGUUUGGAGGCAACCUGCGAAAAGCUGAACAGGUUCAAUUCUGAACUUGUGCAUGAAAUACUCUGUCUAGAAAAAGAGUUAAAAGAAGAGAAAUCUAAACAUUCUGAACAAAAUGAAUUGAUGGCGGAUAUUUCCAAAAGGAUACAGUCGCUAGAAGAUGAGUCAAAAUCCCUCAAAUCACAAGUAGCUGAAGCCAAAAUGACCUUCAAGAGAUUUCAAGCGAAUGAAGAACGAUUGGAGAUAGAAAUACAAGAUGCUUGGAAUGAAAAUUCUGAACUUCAGGCAAGCCAGAAACAGCUUUUGCAAGAAGCUGAAGUAUGGAAAGAACAAGUGAGUGAACUUAUUAAACAGAAAAGAACAUUUGAAGACUCAAAAGUACAUGCAGAACAAGUUCUAAAUGAUAAAGAAAAUCACAUCAAGACUCUGACUGAACGCUUGCUAAAGAUGAAAGAUGGGGUUGCUAUGCCUGAAGAAGAUGUAACGGAUCAUGAUAACUUGGAAUUAGAAAUGAACAGUGAAUCGGAAGAUGGUGCUUACUUAGAUAAUCCUCCAAAAGGAGCUUUGAAGAAACUGAUUCAUACUGCUAAGUUAAAUGCUUCCUUAAAAACCUUAGAAGGAGAAAGAAACCAAAUUUAUAUUCAAUUAUCUGAAGUUGAUAAAACAAAGGAAGAGCUUACAGAGCAUAUUAAAAAUCUUCAGACUGAACAAGCAUCUUUGCAGUCAGAAAACACACAUUUUGAAAGUGAGAAUCAGAAGCUUCAGCAGAAACUUAAAGUAAUGACUGAAUUAUAUCAAGAAAAUAAAAUGAAACUCUACAGGAAAUUAAUAGUAGAGGAAAAAUGCCGGUUAGAGAAAGAAGAGAAACUUUCUAAAGUAGACGAAAUGAUCAGCCAUGCCACUGAAGAGCUGGAGACCUACCGAAAGCGAGCCAAAGAUCUUAAAGAAUUUGAGAGAACUAUUCAUUUUUAUCAAAAGAAGAUUAUUCUCCAUGAGAAAAAAGCACAUGAUAAUUGGUCGGCAGCUUGGACUGCUGAAAGAAACCUCAAUGAUUUAAGGAAAGAAAAUGCUCACAACAGACAAAAAUUAACUGAAAUAGAGUUUAAAAUAAAACUUUUAGGAAAAGAUCCUUAUGGACUUGACGUUCCAAAUACAGCAUUUGGCAGACAGCAUUCCCCAUAUGGUCCCUCACCAUUGGGUCGGCCUUCAUCUGAAACGAGAGCUUCUCUCUAUCCUCCAACUUUGUUGGAAGGUCCUCUCAGACUCUCACCUUUGCUUCCACGGGGAGGAGGAAGAGGCUCCAGAGGCCCAGGGAAUCCUCCGGACCAUCAGAUUACCAAACAAAGAGGAGAAUCAAGCUGUGAUAGGUUAACUGAUCCUCACAGGGCUCCUUCUGACGCUGGGCCCCUGUCACCUCCGUGGGAACAGGACUGUAGGAUGAUGUUUCCUCCACCAGGACAAUCAUAUCCUGAUUCAGCUCUUCCUCCACAAAGGCAAGGCAGAUUUUAUUCUAAUUGUGCUAGACUCUCUGGACCAGCAGAACUCAGAAGUUUUAAUAUGCCUUCUUUGGAUAAAAUGGAUGGGUCAAUGCCUUCAGAAAUGGAAUCCAGUAGAAAUGAUACCAAAGAUAAUCUUGGUAAUUUAAAGGUGCCUGAGUCAUCUCUCCCCGCUGAAAAUGAAGCAACUGGCCCUGGCUUUGUUCCUCCACCUCUUGCUCCAAUCAGAGGUUUAUUGUUUCCAGUGGAUACGAGGGGCCCGUUCAUGAGGAGAGGACCUCCUUUCCCCCCACCUCCUCCAGGAACCAUGUUUGGAGCUUCUCCAGAUUAUUUUCCUCCAAGGGAUGCCCCAGGUCCACCACGUGCUCCAUUUGCAAUGAGAAAUGUCUACCUACCGAGAGGUUUUCUUCCUUACCGUCCCCCAAGACCUGCAUUUUUCCCCCCAGCCCCCACAUUCUGAAGGUAGAAUGAGUUUCCAUCAGGGUUGAGUCCGACUUCAAAUGAGCCUGCUGCUGAACAUCCAGAACGACAGCAAGAAACCUAACAACAUGUUUGCCCUCUUCAAAAGUAAUUUUGACUGAUCUCAUUUUCAGUUUAAGUAACUGCUGUUACUUAAGUGAUUACACUUUUGUUCAGAUUGAAACUUAAUGGAACUAUAAUUCUCAGGAUAGUAUUUUGUAAAUGAGGAUGAUUUAAAUAUGAAUCUUAUGAGUAAA